AUGCGCACAUUAAUUUCCUGGCGACUUUAUGGUCAGCAGUACAUUAAGGGUUGUGUAUAUGUACUUGGUGCGUCGGCAUUUUUUGCUGGAGGAGCCUGGGCGGUUGCAAAUUUCAGUGCUCAUUCCGUACUGAAUAAGCCUUUGCUCGUCUCUUGCACCACUGUACCACUUGUCACCAAAUUUUCUGAUGUUAAUGUUAGCGACUGGAUGUCUUCACCCGUCUCAGCAAUCGAUCACCUGCAAAACACUGAUGGGUGUUAUCGGUCAAAAAUGGAAAUGUUGUGUAUGGAGCUUCAGGGUCACUUGUGUAAGCAAAUUGAGGAGAUUGAUAAGAAGGCUAAAUUUCGUGUCGAUAAAUGGGAACGUCGUGCUGGCGGUGGUGGGAUUUCUUGCAUUCUAGAGAAUGGUGAAGUCUUUGAAAAGGCUGGUGUAAAUAUAAGCGUUAUCACUGGGAAUCUCAGCCCUAUGGCUGCAAAAGAAAUGCGUGCAAGGCACAAAGAUAUUGAUCCUAAUAAGGAAUACAAAUUUUUCGCUUGUGGCAUUAGUUCAGUUAUCCACCCACUUAAUCCCUAUGUGCCGACAACACACUUUAACUUUCGAUAUUUUGAAGUGGAUUUAGGUAAUAAUCGUAAAUCUUGGUGGUAUGGGGGUGGUGCAGACUUGACACCUUAUUACCUAUUUGACGAAGAUGCUAAACAUUUCCAUGAACAACUUAAAUUAGCCUGUGAUAAACAUCAUGAAUCAUUUUAUCCACGUUUUAAAAAAUGGUGUGAUGAUUAUUUUUACUUAACACAUAGAGCUAAUCGGCUGCAUAUUAUGUAUCUGUCACCAACGGGUCAACGAAACAAAAGUCCACUGAUGGAAAAGACAAGUGAUGCUUGGUGUGUAGAUAUUUCUAUAUGUAUCGUGACACUAGUAGUGGAAUGGCAACUAGUUAGACGUGGACGUUAUGUGGAAUUCAAUUUAAUUUAUGAUCGUGGAACGAAAUUUGGUUUAGCUACCCCAGAAGCUCGGAUUGAAAGUAUUUUAAUGUCGUUACCACGUUUCGCUCAAUGGACUUAUUGUUACGAUAAUUCCAAAGAUCCACGUAAUCAUCGAGUUUAUCUUACAAAGCGUAAGUAUAAUGAAUGUGAACGAGUUAGAAUUAAUCCAUUUAGAAACUGCAUACUUUAUAUUUCUUUAGUAUUAUUUUCAUGGAAUCUUGUUCUUCGGGUGAUUGAAACAUCCAAUGGUGUACAAUAUAUAUUACCUAGACCAUCUAAAUGGGCAUUAGGGAUGCCUGUUACAUCGAUUCGAUUUAUCCCAACCAAAUGUGAAUGGGCUAUUGAGUGUAAUUCACAGGGUGAAGUAUUCACCUUUAAACCAGAUUUGGAAGGUUUCGAAACAUUAUUUAAAGAACCUCAGCAGACACAUACACUAGAUCUAUCUCCUGAUGGUCAUGAAUUUGCAACUGAUGGUACAGACCGAAGAAUUCGUAUAUACACCAUACGACCUGAUGGUUUAGUCGGUUUACCAUAUGAAAUUUCGAAUAAAACAUCUGACUUCAGUCGAGGUUAUGGAGGUAAUCAGCUAUCUGGUGGUAUGCAAAAAUUGACCAGUGAUACACUGAAAAAUAAAAAUUAUGAAGUCUUGAAUAAGAAUAAUACAUAUGGUUCAAAUUAUCCUGAUGGCAGACCAAGUCAAAUUUUAAACACCACAGUCAAACCGUAUAGUCUUACACAAUGCUAUAAUUUACAUGAAACACAUCAACUCAGUACAUAUGAACCAACAGCUUUUUCUGAUCAACAUCAAAGUGAUCAUCAUCAUUUCUUUGUGAUACCAUCAUUGAGAGAAUAUUUGGCUACUUCACCGGGCAUUAACAUCAUUGAAGGUCAUUCAAUGCAUAUUAUGGCACUAAAAUAUCAUCUGAAUAAGUCAACUAUGCUUAUUAGCGCUGGUUGGGAUAAUCUUGUCAAGAUAUGGGAUACAAGGCAACAGACUGGUCCAGUAUUUCAGACUUACGGACCCUACAUCACUAGCCCAGAUGGAUUAGAUAUAGACGAUAACUAUUUGCUGACGGCUUCUUGGAGAGCGAAACAAUCUUGA